UCCAUUUCAACAUCCUUUCCUCACCAAUAUGGUUUCAGCUGAGUUAGGAACAGGUGCUCUUCUCAAGAGAAUUUUAAGAGCUAACCUGUAAAACAGUUUUCAUAGGCAAAUGGAGCUGCAGUAUUUCCAUGGAAAUAUAACGAAGGAAAUGUGUGAAGAAGUACUGAUACAUAAAGGAAAGAAUGGAAGCUUUUUAUUACGAGAGAGCGAGAGCAUACCGGGAGUCUUGUGUCUUUGUGUUCUCUAUGAAGAGGUUGUCUACACUUACAGAAUAUUCAAGAAACGUAAUGGACAUUACGUUAUUCAGACUUCUGAUUCAGGUCCAAGACAGGACUUCAGAACUUUAAAGGAUUUAGUUGCUAAGUAUGAAAAACCCAAUCAAGGACUAGUAAUUCAUCUGCGCUAUCCAGUAAAUAGAUCAACAUUCCAGCAGGGGUCGGAGCAUGGCCAUGGAAAUUCAGAUUACGCUGAAAUUGAAGAUGCAGAUUAUAUUGAUGUUGAACCAGAAUGAAAUAAGUUUUGCUCUUUCAACAUAAUGCCUGCUCAUCACCAGUAGCUGCACCCUUGCUGAUUGGGUCUUCUAUUAAUCUGACUGGGUUCUGUAUUAUAAUGCUGUGCACAGUAAUGUUAACAUUCUGUUUAAUUAUAAGUUUAAGGUGAUACAUCAUUUAUUUCUUGUAUUUUAAUUUUUGUCUCACUUAAACACAACUCCCCCCCUUUUUUGUUAUGUCAUGAUAUAUAUGCUUAUACAUUCAUGUAUCUGAUAAAGUAGCUCUGUGCCAAAAAAGCUUUCAAUAAAUUUAUUAUUUUAAUCAGAUGUCAAAAGAAUUAUUCCUGUUUUUCUGUCUCAACAGAUUAGCUUAUUAGA